AUGCGGUCCCUUUCUGCGGCCAUUGUGCUGCCCCUGGUGCUGCUUGGCCAGCUUUCCCAGGCAGACACCGAGGUGAUCAUCAGCACCGAAGUCUCCUGUACGACCGAGUCGGUCAAUUUGUUUAUCAAUCCGUCCUUCGAGACGGGCUCAAUCAGUCCGUGGAAUAGGUUGACCGGUCCCAUCUCGGUCAUCAGCGACAACUCGGACGACGGGCAGUAUGUGGCGCAGCUCACCUGGGUUGCAGGCCCGAACUAUGCCGUGUCGCAGACGGUGACGGGGCUGCAAAGCCCUGUCGACCGCACCUCAAGCAGUCAGGUCUUGUACGUUUUACGCUGCGCACGACACCACUGCCGUCCUGAGAUCGGCAGUAUCUGCUGUUCCAACCUGGCAGACUCUGUCAGCGACGCUUACAGCCACCUCGACUUCGCACACGUUUACUAUGUGGGCGAACUGUAA